AUGGCCACAGGAAUGGUGUUGAGUGUCGCGCAAACUCUAUUUUCAGCACUACAAUGCAAGGAAUUAAGAGAGUUGUGCUGUAUGUUUGGGUAUCACUCUCAACUUGAAGCUCUUCGCGGAACUGUUGAAACCAUCAAGAAUGUCCUCCUUGAUGCGGAGUCCAAGCAGCAGGAGCUCAACAGUCAAGGCUUAGAUUGGCUUAACAAACUCAAGGAUGCAGUCUAUGAUGCUGAUGACUUGUUUGAUGAAUUCGCCACAAUUGCUCAGAGACAGAAAAGGAUGCCUCAUGGUAAGAUCUCCAAAACGGUACGUGCUUUCUUCUCCAGUGAAAACCAGUUUCUUUUUGCUGUUAGUACAUCUCAAAAGAUAAAGAAGAUUAGAGAGAAGCUGGAUAGCGUUGCUAAAGAUCGUGCAGAUUUUGGGUUUAGUAAUGUGUAUAGAGCUGUUAAGAGAAAAGAGGAAACCUGGUCUUAUGUGCAUGAACAUAGUAUAAUUGGGAGAGAUAUCGAUAAGGAGGCCAUUAUAGACAUGUUGCUGAGAGAGUCAAUUGAUAGUGUUUCUUUUGUGAGCAUCGUCGGGAUGGGAGGAUUGGGGAAAACUGCUCUUGCUCAACUAGUGUACAAUGAUGGUAGGAUCAAAAGUGCAUUUGAAUUGAAGUUAUGGGUUUGUGUCUCUGAUGACUUUUCUAUUGAGGAAAUCCUCCAUAAGAUGUUAAAGUCAGCCGCCGAGCAAGAUCCUUGUGAUCUUGCAGAGAAAAAUGAUGUGUGGAACGAAAGUCGUGAUGAAUGGCUUAAGUUGAGGGAGUUCUUGCAGGUAGGUGCAAGAGGAAGCCGAAUUGUGGUUACUACACGCUCAGAAAAGGUGGGAGGAGCUAUAGGGGACGAUCCAAUGUAUGCAUUAAGAGGUUUGCAGGACGAUGAUUCUUGGCUUUUGUUUAAGAGGAUAUCACUUAACCACGAGAGUAAAGUGGUAGAUGAUGACCUUGUUUGCAUUGGUAAAGAAAUUAGCAUUGAGUUGCCUGAAAUGGACCGAGGUGAAGAGAGCAUAAUGCCAAUAUUGAAGUUUAGUUAUCAUCAUCUUCCUCCUCAGUUAAAGAGUUGUUUUAGUUAUUGUGCACUCUUCCCUAAGGAUUAUGCCAUUGUGAAAAAUAUGUUGAUAUGUCUAUGGUCUGCAUUAGGCUAUCUUAAGCCGUUGAAUGACAUGCAGAGCAUAGAAGAUGUUGACAUUGAAAGGGAUUCGUAUGGUGAAAUUUAUUCAUGUGGAAUGCAUGAUUUGAUUCACGAUCUUGCACAAGAAGUAGCAGGAAAGGAGCUGUGCUUAACAGAGACUAGCAAAAGCAUUCUUGAAGGAAAACGUCAUCUCUCCCUUUCUAUAUGGCGUCCCUCCUUGCUUUGUACAAGUGAUACUGUUGGGAAGUUGAGGGGAUUGCGUACCUUUCUUCGGCCUUCUAUACGUCAGCUGAAUUGUGAAUCGCCAAUGACCACUGUAAUAGCAAAAUGUAAGCGCCUGAGGGUAUUGGACUUGCACCAUUUUAGUAUAAAAGUUUUACCAAGUACAAUAAAGAACCUUCUGCAUUUAAGGUAUCUUGAUCUCUCUUAUAAUAUGGAGUUGAAGAUACUUCCUGAGUCGAUUUCUAGACUGUAUAAUUUGCAGGCAUUGAACUUAAGAUCAUGUUUGCAACUAAAAGAGUUGCCUAAGGACGUGAGGGGAACUAGUCAAUCUUCGGCAUUUAGAUACAUUUAA